AUGGAAGACGCGAAGAAAGAUUCGCAGAUGCUAUCGACGUCUAUCCAGCCAAACCUCGCGUCAGCUAACACAGUGUCACGCGAUGCAGCUGUGAACCCGAAGCGGAAGACUGGCACCAUCUCGUGUUUUCGUUGCGGAGGCGAGCAUUACGCCACACAGUGCCGUCAUGCAAGUACCACUUGUCACAAGUGUCGGGGAAAGGGGCAUCUGGCACGAGUGUGCAAGGGGAAGACAGCGGAUGCGACCGCCGGCGGCCCGACGACGUCCACUAGAAUACCGAGAUCGGUACACACCUUGGACGAAGCGGGCCAGUCGCAAGAUGUCUCACUGCCAGAAGUCUAUGAGAUGUGGGAAAUGACAUCUUCUGCAGUCGACGGCCAACCUUUCCGAGUGGAAGUUACGGUGAACGGGACUCCAUUGCUGAUGGAACUUGACACGGGAGCUGGCGUGUCUGUUGUGUCUGAGGAGACAUUUCGACGCGAAUUUCCAUCAAGGCAGCUGGACCCGUCGCGCAUCAUGCUGAAAAGCUAUUCAGGUGAACUUUCCCCAGUUCAGGGAAGCCUUACUGCAACGGUGAGACUUGGAAACCGCGAAUGUCAGGACAUCCUGUAUGUUGUCCCUAGCACCUGCCCAUCUCUGCUAGGACGUGGUUAG